AUGGAGGGAUUGCAUAGAGAGAUAUACGCGCCAGAAAUGAUAGCCAUAUUGAAUUCAAAAUUAGUCAGCGCCGGAAUAAACAACAUUUAUCAGCAUUUGAAUAAUUUCAACGAGAACGUAAAUCCCAUUCAACACUUGCCUACUGAAGUCUUUCAUGCCAGUUAUAAACAUCAAUAUAAAUAUAUCUUCAUGAACUCAAAUAAAAUAUUCUUUUUCAAUUUUUUCUCCUCGCCACAGUUGUCUGUGGAUUCAUGCGACAUGAUCAUGUUUAAGAACGAAUCUACGUGGAUCGACAUGCUAUAA